UAUCAGACAUGACUUGCCUACAGGGGUAUUCGACAACUUUGCCUUUACACAGUUCGGAUGCGCAACCGGUAGACAGUGUUACGGCUAUCACAGUAGAUUCGACGAGAAAUUUAGUAACAGAGGUUGACCUUGAGAGCGUCAAGAGUGGCAGUUCGAGUGAAGAAGCAGUCACAUUGCACAGUGACUUGGCAAUUCCAACUGACACAUCACCAACUGAAAGCGAAGAAAGCAGCGAAGAGGACAUGGAUUUUGAAAAACGCAAAGUACUAACAGAUGGAAAACCCCCCCAAGAACAAAUGAAAUUUAUCGUCUUCGAAGAAGCAAUUCUGGAUGUUUUCGGUAAAUGUAUUCAAUGUGGUGAAAAAUGUGUUUUGACCAUAGAAAGUAAAAUUGGCUCAUCAUGCAGAAUUGGCAUCACGUGUUCCAUUCAGUCUGAACAUUCCUUUGAGUGGUCAACUGCUCCAUCCCUGUCCAAGAUGCCAGCAUUCCAUUUGCUGUUGGCAUCUGGCAUUCUUGCAACAGGCAUGGAAUCGUCGAAAGUUCUUCGACUUUUCAAUGCGUUAAAUAUUCCUAACUUGCAGCAACGGGAGUUGUCAAAUAUAUUAAAGAAUUAUGUAAUUCCCGCGGUUUAUAAAGUUUGGCAAGAGGAACAGUCUGCAAGGUUGCGUGAAAUUGAAGGUCAAAAAAUUGUGGUAGCAUCUGAUAUGCGUGUUGACAGUCCAGGUCACAGUGGCCUAUUUGGUUCAGGAAGUACGCUUGACGUAGGAAAAAAUGUUGUAUUGGAUACCCAAGUAAUCAAGUCUACAGAAGUAAAAAACUCCAAUGCAAUGGAACUUGAAUCACUAAAACGACAGCUGAAAUACCUGGAGGAUAACAGAAUUGAAGUAGAAAAACUAGUAACAGAUCGGCACGUUCAAGUAUCUACGUAUAUGGCUAACGAGAAACCAGAGGUGGAACACUCCUAUGAUGUAUGGCAUGUGGCAAAAGGUGAAAAAAAGAAACUGACUAAAGUUGCGAAGAAGAAAAAUUUAAGAAGAUUAAGCCUUGGAUUGGGUCAAUUAUUAAUCAUAUUUACUGGGUUGCUGACUCGAGUGAAACCGAAGAUGAAAGAGUAGAGAAAUGGCUCAGCAUUCUCAAUCACAUU